CUGCUUGCGUCCUGCCUUCACCCGCGUCGACCGCCCCCGCCUUUUCGCUUGCUUGUAUUUUUAUUAUUCGCUUUCGCUUUCGCUCCCCCCUUUCCUCUUCCCCCUCCUCACUUCCCCCUCUCGCAAAGCUGGCCUUUGAGGACUCGCAGGAGCAGCAAGCAUGAGUCCGUGGAACGAUGCUACCAAGUUCAUGCGCAUCGCCGCGCUGGCGAUCUUCGUCUACGACUGGGCGCUUACGCUCCCGGGCGAGAUACGGAUGUAUCGGCGGCAGCGCUCGAUAACGCGCAUGAGCACUGCGUGUCUCAUGCUCAUUCUCGUGCGGUACCUCGGCCUCAUAGCGCUGGUCACCAACUUCAUCGGCUUCUUCGCGCACUUCUUCGUCGAGCUGCCCAAGAACGCGCCGUACGAUGCCUGCCGCAGCUACUUCCGCGUCAUGCCGAUCAUGCAGUGCUUCGCGUCCUGGGCGAGCCACGCCGUCUUCGUCGUGCGGACGGUAGCGAUCUGCGACCUCAAACGCACGGGGACGAUCGCCCUGAGCGCGCUCGCAGCCGUUGUGUCCGGCGUCGAGAUCUUCGCGCAGCUAUACUCGUUCUACAAGUUCGACGUCGGCUCGUCCGGGAACUGCCUCCUGCAGUACAGCGAUGACCACAACCUGAGCUACCUGUACUAUCUCGUGCGUGACCCUCCCAGUGCCGUCCGCGACGUUCGCCCUGAUCGGCAUUUGCAGGCGUCGACCAUCUUUGACGUGGUGAUUGUCGUGCUCACGUACCGCGGCUUGGCUGUCAAGCACUUCAGCCGCAGUCAGGGAAACAACGACGGCUCGACGCCCGCGUUCAAUGAUGUUCUGUGGAACUCGUCGAUGCUCUACUUCGCCGUGACCACGUUCUUCAACAUCCUCAACCUCUGUUUCUACGCGUACUACGGGAACAGUAACGCGACCGUCCUUGGCGCGAUGGGGAUUGCGUUCACGAGCAUGAUGAGCGCGCGUGUCAUCCUCGACCUGCACAGUUACGUGCACCGGCCGACGACGUCGUUCCAGAUCAGCGGGCUGAGGUCGAACGAGCAGGGAUCCAUGAGCAGGACUUCCGGGGUACCUUACCAGGCCAAGGGCACCUUCAACGGCUCCGACCAGUUCAUCAGCGACAGCAAGAUGCGCGACUCCGGCAUCGGCGUGUUCCGCACCGUGGAGACCACCGAGUACUCCUACGACUCUGGCCGCAGGGUGCGCGACAGCGUGGUUUGAGGCGGCGCCCGGUAAUCCCGUUCUCACCAUCGCCCAUCUCUUCCCACCUCGCCUUCGCCACCCAUGCGCCUAGCUCAUUACACGUGAUCCUUGCCGUCUUCCUCUCUUGGUGCGCCCUUCCAGCGAAAGGGUCGUUCCGCGAAGGGAUGGGAUCUGGCACAAUCCGAGUACUCAAAAGCGCGGACACUCCACGGACAUCCUGGUUACCUACGCCGCGAGCGGCU